GUACGCUUUUGUUUUUGCGUGUAAAACCCACGCCGUGAUGUCGGUGACGGCGCGUUGCUUUGAAGCUGUUAGCGUUUAGCAGCGGAGAUGCAGAGACCGGUGUCCAGUUUGCCUCUGAGCCAGGCUGUGAGGCUGAAACUGGGCAGUGCUGGUUUCCAGCUCACCUCGGACCUACAGGACUUCAAACCGGACAAGCUUAGCAAAGAGACCGGCCUGAGCGAAGAGGAGGCUGUGGAGGUGCUGAAGGCUGUGAAAGGUGGAGGAGGAGGAGGAAGUGGUGACUUCUCAGCAUCUCUGACUGCUCUGGAGCUCCUGCAGAAGGAGGAGGAGUUAAGGAGCAUCGUGACAUUCUCCUCUCAGCUGGACGAAUCUCUCGGAGGAGGAAUUCCUGUUGGGAAAAUAACGGAAGUCUGUGGAGUUCCAGGAAUCGGAAAAACGCAGCUGUGUCUGCAGCUGGCGGUGGAUGUUCAGGUGCCUCAGUGCUUCGGGGGGGUCGAAGGUCAGGUGAUGUUCAUCGACACAGAGGGCAGCUUCCUGCUUCAGAGGGUAACUGAUAUCGCAGCAGCCGCCGUUAGACACUGCUCCUUAUUGGCUGAGGACGAUGAGCAACGAGCCGCCACGGAGACCUUCACCGUGGAGACCGUCCUGUCCAACAUCUUCCUGGUGCGUUGCCAUGACCACGUGGAGCUGCUAGCCGAGCUCCAUCUACUUCCUGACUUCCUGUCGCAGCAUCCAAAGAUCCGCCUUCUGGUGAUCGACAGUGUGGCAUUUCCUUUCCGCCUCCUCUUUGACGAACUUUCACAGAGGACACGCCUCCUUAAUGGUGUCGGCCAGCAGCUAAUCACCAUGGCAAUAAACUAUAACAUUUCAGUAGUAAUCACCAACCAGAUGACGACCCGGAUCCGGGACGGCCAAUCGCACAUUGUCCCUGCCCUUGGGGAGUGUUGGGGCCAUGCCCCUACGAUCAGGCUCCUCCUACAGUGGGAGGGGUCGCGGCGUCUGGCGACCAUCUUUAAAUCUCCAUGUCACAUGGAAACCAUGGUGCAAUACCAGAUCACCCCCGAAGGCUUCAGAGAUGCCGAUCAAUCAGAAAUGCCACAGAGUAAACAGCCUCGAAUGGACACUGACCAAUCAGCUGCUGAUCCAAAAGAAACAAGCAGCUGAUUGGUUGGAAACUGUCCGGUAAGAAGAGGCUGAUUGAAUGUUUACCUUAUGUGGAUUUAAUGACACUGCUGUGUUCACACAGGAGGUUCCUGUUUAAAUAAAGUUCAGUUUGAGUCCAGCAGGUGGAGACACAGAACAGGUCAUCAGUCAGUGGCUCUUCCUGUCUGCGCCGUUCAUCCCUGACUUUCCCGAGUAGAUGCAGAAUAUUUCUGCAUUUAGAGAAGAUGCUCUGCAGAAGAGCAGAGGUUAGAGGGUGGCCCUCUUGUUUGCAGAUUCUUCAUAUUUAUAUAUGUUGAUAUUUAUAGAGGGAGAUUGGAACUACAGACACAUCUGGAUUCAUUUAGUUUAUUAAAACAUCAUUUCUGUUGUUUCUACUGAGACAAUCUUGUCUUACCCUCAGGUGCAACACACAUUACUGUUGUGUUCUAGCUUUUCUUUAAGAUUGUUUCUUCUGCUGGAACUAGGCAGAAACACUGGCUCAUUUCCAGUCCACCCUCACAGUCCAUGAGUGUGAUUCUGUUUAGAGUGCUUAGGGGUCGCGUAAAUAAGGGGUGAGGUAGAAAUACAGUGGCGAGCUUUGGGAUGUCCUCGCUUUUCUCUGAUGGAAAACAGGAGGAUUGAAGUGUUAAAGCUUCUUACUGACUGAUGACUAUAAGCACCAAGCCACCAUGGAGACCUUCAUGACUGCUUGUAGAAAUCGUGUCAGCAAUUUUCACCUGUUGAGUUUAAAUUUCAUUUAGGUGAAAUAAAAUGGAUUUAUUCGUUUCUUUUAUUAUUGUGAUUUAUGACAACAACAAUUAAAAUAAUGAACUUCAUUGACCAAAGAAGCAGAAUAUGGUCAGAUCCAGCCAUUUUUGGACAGAAAUGUUGUGGCCAGGGGCGCCACCAAGGGGGGGGCCAGGGCGGCCACUGGCCACCCCCAAAAAUGUACAAGACUGUCCAAUGUUAGUUAUUAUUUUAAACAUGAGCACAAGAGACAGGAAGACACCCCACAGUGAGUUGAAAUAUUGUAUAUAAUAUAAUAAUUGUUUACAAUUUUUUUGUCAUUUUUAUUCUGUCACUUUGUACGUCCUUCACGAUUUCCCGUCGUCACCCCCUCCCUUCAUUGCGUCCCUGCCCUGUUCUGUUUUUGGUGCGCCAUCUCCAUAUUUUUAGUGGCCCCCAUAUGGCCACCCCUGUGAAAAAAAUUCUGGAGGCACUCCUGGUUAUGGCUUCAAUAUCCAGACGCCAACAGCAAUGCCCUGUGUCCAUCUUUUAUAUACAGUCUGUGUGUGGACUCUCCCAUGAGAAAAGACAAAGCCCGUUGGGGUUACUUCAGGGAGGACGUCUGACAUAAAUAAAAAU